CUCCAAUAGAUUAUGACGAAUUGAAUGGAACUUACAUCGAACCAAUAUUCGGUACCAUGAAUUAUAGUGAAUAUAUUCCGGGAACUUUACCUUUAAUUAUUUCGAUUCCACAUGGUGGUCAUUUGUUUCCUUCUGAAAUACCUGAUAGAAAACAAAAUCAUCCAAAUGUCGUAAAAUCCAAUGAUAUUAAUACUCAAGAGAUUGGUAGAAAGAUUGUAGACCAGAUUAUGUUACAAUUUAAAGGAAAGAGACCUUAUUUGAUUAUUAAUCAUCUUGGGAGAAGUAAAAUUGAUGUCAAUAGACCAAUAAAAGAAGGGGUUGAAGGAAAAGAUUCCAUAACAUCGAUUGCUUGGAACGAUUAUCAUCAUUUUAUGUGGACUGCUAUUAAAGAUGUUGAAGCAAAUUUUGGUCGUGGACUUUUAGUCGAUAUUCAUGGUUAUGCCCUUUCGGCUGAAAUACUUUCACUUUCAACUUCACAAAUAAAUUCGAAUUCAGAGAUUCAUUCGGGAUCAAGUAUUCGUGCUCUAUAUACUAGAAAAUUGAGGAGUCUCCAAUUUGCUGACUUACUUUAUGGUAAAACUACUUCACUUGGUGGUCGUUUACAGUCCCAUGGCUAUGAUACUGUUCCAUCGCAUGUUCAUCAGCAUCCACUUGAGAAUGAGAAAUAUUUUCGUGGUGGUUACUGUGUUCAAAAAUAUGGCUCACGACACGCAGAACAAAUUAUUGAUGCUAUACAAAUUGAGUAUGUUCUUGUUUCCUAUAAUCUUUAUCUAUAA